UAGUACAGUCGUAGCAACAAAGCAAGAUGAAUCCCAUCAGGAAGAAGCUGGUAAUCGUGGGUGAUGGUGCCUGUGGGAAGACCUGUCUGCUGAUUGUCUUCAGCAAGGACCUUCCGGAGGUCUAUGUACCCACAGUCUUCGAAAACUAUGUAGCCGACAUUGAAGUCGACGGAAAACAGGUGGAGCUGGCUCUGUGGGACACUGCAGGCCAGGAGGACUACGAUCGAUUGCGGCCCCUUUCCUACCCGGACACCCACGUCAUCCUCAUGUGCUUCUCCAUAGACAGUCCCGACAGUUUGGAAAACAUUCCAGAAAAAUGGAACCCGGAAGUUAAGCACUUCUGUCCCAACGUUCCCAUCAUCCUCGUAGGUAACAAGAAAGACUUGCGCAAUGACCCCAUGACCCGAGCGGAACUAGAGAAGCUUAAGCAGACUCCUGUUAAGGCGGAAGAGGGCAAGGCCAUGGCUGAGCGGAUCGGAGCGGCGGCCUACGUAGAGUGCUCGGCCAGAACCAAGGAUGGCGUCCGCGAGGUUUUUGAAACCGCCACCAGGGAGGCCCUUCAGGUGGAACUGGUUCUUUGGGACACGGCAGGCCAGGAGGACUAUGACCGGUACCUUUACUACAAAUCGGAAACCGACGUCAUCGUCAUAUGCUUCUCCAUCAACAACCCCGACAGCUUGGUUAACGUCUUGGAAAAGUGGAACCCUGAAGCGAAGCAGUUCUGUCCACGAAUUCCCAUCAUCCUCGUGGGCAAUCAGAAGGACUUGCGCGACGACCCCAUGACGAUACGAAAGCUAAAGAGAAGGAACUUGACCCCUGUGCGGAAGGAGGAGGGCGAGGCCAUGGCCAAAACCAUCGGUGCGGUGGCUUACGUGGAAUGUUCGGCGAAGAACAAAGAUGGCGUCCAAAAGGUCUUUGAAGCUGCCACCAGGGCGGCGCUACGUGGUCAACGGCGAGGCAACCGAAGAUGUGCAAUUUCGUGAUUGUUACAAAGUCUAGCGAAUAGCGAUGCUGUGGGGACAAGGGGACAAUAUGGCGGUGGUUUCAAAGACAAGCCUGACUGCCACACUUUUUUUUUCGAGUGUUUGGACUUGUGUUCAGCACGGGAUGCUGACGGUCAUCAGAAUGGACUACAACAUAUUGUUGUGACAAACUAGCGAUGUUAGUAACUGUUUAACUCACAGUAUCCAUUGCAAUCAAAAUCGAGCUUUUCUGUAAACGAGGUUAUUAAUGUAUUUGUAUACCGGAAAAACAGUGUUCCUGAUCAAAUAUUAAAGUGUGACUCAACUCAGUUUUCGAAGUAUUUAUGGUUA